UUAGAACAUCUAUAAAAACCUGAGUUACUAUGAACCCAAAUGUACACGGACUCCCACCAAUUCUAAUUGCACCAAAGAUCAAAAUGGCUCAACCUAUGGUGCCCCUCUCUGUGUGUCUUGUACUCCUCAUAGUGGCGGUGGCUGACGGAGCACCAAAAGCACCUACACCUAAAAAUAUCAAGUGUAAAAACAAGAAUUUCCCUAUUUGUCAGAAAAACAAUAAUCUCUUUUGCCCUUUGGAUUGCCCUAGCAAUUGCACUGUGGAUUGUGCUACUUGUCAAGCUGUGUGUACGGUGCCGCCGCCUCCACCACCACCACCGCCGCCGCCGCCGCCACCACCACCACAAAAACAGAAAACACCACAUUCACCACCUCCUCCCCGUAGUCCACCACAACCAAAACAGAAAACACCACAUUUACCACCUCCUCCCCGAAGUCCACCACCACCAAAACAAAAAACACCACAUUCACCACCUCCUCCUCGUAGUCCACCGCCACCAAAACAAAAAACGCCACAUUCACCACAUCCUCCUCGUAGUCCACCACCACCAAAACAUUCACCACCUCCUCAUCGUAGUCCACCACCACCAAAACAAAAAACGCCACAUUCACCACCUCCUCCUCGUAAUCCACCGCCACCAAAACAAAAAACGCCACAUUCAUCACAUCCUCCUCGGAGUCCACCACCACCAAAACAUUCACCACCUCCUCAUCGUAGUCCAACGCCACCAAAACAAAAAACGCCACAUUCACCACCUCCUCCUCAUACACCUUAUCCUCCACCACUGCCAUCAUCUCCUAUUUCCACUCCACCGCCACCUCUUACUGAGGUUCCUACAUCAUCACCACCACCUCCUCCUUCCAGUGUACCCACAACUCCACCUACUCCUAUCUCCACUCCAUCGCCACCUCCUACUGAGGUUCCUACUCUACCACCUCCUCCCAGUGUUCCUACAUCGUUACCACCACCUUCUCCUUCUAGUGUGCCCACACCUCUACCUACUCCUAUCUCCACUCCACCGCCACCUCCUACUGAGGUUCCUACACUACCACCUCCUCCUAGUAUUCCUAUAUCAUCACCACCACCUCCUCAUCCUUCCAAUGUGCCCACAUCUCCACCUACUCCUAUUUCCACUCCACCGCCACCUCCUCCUAGUGUUCCAACAUUUUCACCACCACCCCCUCCUUCCAGUGUACCCAUACCUUCACUUGCUCCAAUCUCCGCUCCACCGCCACCUCCAACUGAGGUUCCUACACUGCCACCUCCUCCUAGUGUUCCUACAUUUUCAUCACCACCUCCUCCUUCCAGUGUGCCCACACCUCCACUUACUCCAAUCUCCACUUCAUCGCCACCUCCUACUGAGGUUCCUACACUGCUACCUCCUCCUAGUGUUCCUACAUCGUCACCACCACUUCCUCCUUCCAAUGUGCCCACACCUCCUCCUAUUCCUAUUUCUACUCCACCGUUGCCACCUUUAACUCCGCCACCUUCGACUGAUCUCAAGAAAGCUAGAUGCGUGAAUAAGGCUUAUGAAGCGUGCUAUUGGAGAGAGUUUACAUGUCCCAUUGCUUGUCCAGAGCAAUGUGAGGUUGAUUGUGUCACAUGCAGUCCUGUUUGCAAAUAA